CCCCCACGUGGUGUGCAGAGCAGACUGCAGAGCAUCAUACUUCUUCCCCCAAGUCAGGCAACCAAUUUUCGCUUGUCCGUACAUACCCAUGUUUUCUUUUCCUUCAAGAUCGAUCAUAAAAUUCCAAUAUUUCUGUCAAGUCUGGCUCCGUCGGUCACAGGCAACGUGCCGACUUUCUCCUGUGGUGCCCUACUCCCUAUCUCUCUCACCGAACUGCUACGCAAAGGAAAUCUUUCAUGACCCAGCCCAAAGCCUAGGUCCAAGCCCAAUAUCAACAAACGGCUCUCUCACGAUUCCUCUGUGCCGCACACCCCCUCCGACGUCUCUCUCACCUUUCUCCUUCUCUCAUCUCUCACAUCUCUCCACUGCUGCCGCUCGUUACACGCACUGGUUGCACAUCGCCACCGUGCUCCACCGUACCGCAUGGGCCCUGAUUUAGAGCUCCAAGGAAAGUCGAAAGCUGCUAUGGAAAUUUCGGUUAGUAAGGACAACGUAAUCGCCCCUGAAGGCUCAGAAGAUAAACUUCUGCAAUGUUCAAGUAAUUGUGAGGACACCACCUUUGGCGUGGAAGAGUUAUUAGUUGAGCGAGCUGGUGAACAGGAUGGAAUCAAGAAUAUGGAGCUUAAUAUAACCGACAUUAUUGAUACAGAUGAUGCUGUACCGGUUGCAGGUGAAUGCCAAGAUGUGACUGAGCAUUCAAGUUCUUUUGGUGAUAAUUCAAGUUCUUUUGGUGAUACAGAAACUGAUGAUGAAAUUGAGUCACAACUGUAUGAUGGAUGCUUUGAUGCCUUUCGAAUAAGGAAGAAAAAGUUAACAGUUCAUUGGAGGAAGUUUAUACGUCCUCUUAUGUGGCGCUGUAAAUGGUUAGAACUUCAAAUUAAGGAGCUCCAGUCCCAGGCACUAAAGUAUGAUAGAGAACUUGCAGUAUAUGAUCAAAGAAAGCAGUUUGAAUUUGAAAACUUCACCUUAGAAGGUUUUGAUGCAAAGUCUCUUCCCUUUUCCAGACAACUUAGAAAUAAGGUCAUGAUGAGGAAGAAAAGAAAGAGAGUUGAAGAGACGGUUGAUGUAAUGUCAUAUAUGUCACAACAUAACCUGUUCUCCUACUAUGAAAAUAAGAGGUCUAUUGCUGAUGGUUCUCCUAUAGAAGGGUAUUGCGGUAAUUUAGAUAAGAUUACUAAUGGCAGUAAUGAGUUUGGGAUAAAUGAUGGAUGGUCAUCUCUUGAAUUUGGCAAUGGUGAUAAUUCCUUGGAACAGAUUCUCUGGAAGAUUGAAGUGGCACAUUCUCAAGUUCGCAAGCUGAAGACCCAAAUUGACAAGGUGAUCAGUGAAAAUCCUGGAAAAAAUAAGUUGAGCUUGCCUGUACCAUCUGAUGCAUUGACCAGUCCUGAUCAAAGUCCUGCCUCUCCUCCUGAUAAUAGACAUAGAUUAUUGGCUAAAUCUCCAUUUACUUCUCGGCAUAUAUCUGAGGGUGUACCUAUGUCUGAAAGUGCAGUUUUCAGUCUUGGGGAGGGGAACCCUCUUCCUAAUAUAAUUGAAAGCAUUGACCAGUCUCAGACUGAGGAAGGAAUUCUGAUACAUAAUCAGGCUGCCAAGGAAGAGUCGGAUGAUUUUGGUGAAGUCAGAGGUUGGCUCGUAGAGAAGCCUCAGGUACCGCAGGAAGAGCAGAAAACUAUUCCUCAAGAACUGCCCACAGAGAUGACGACACCCAAGGUUCAAUCUAAUGUAAAAUCAUGUUCCCCUUCGAAGUCAAGUUUCCCUCGGCACACAAGAAGACGGGGGCGGAGAAAAGCUGGCUCAAAGAAGUGGAGCAGGAGAUCUUCAGGUUAGCUGGAUUUUACAAGCCAAUAUAAUUUUUAUCUUAUUUGUUCCAAGGAUGAAAACCAAGAUAUUCAAAAAGGAUGUCAACAGCCUCUGUUGCUCUUCAGAAUUUGUAUAUGCCGCUUAUUUUACUGUAAAUAUUCUUCCUCUCUCUUGUAGCAUUGAUUUCAAAUAUAAUGGAAGCACUGUUAAUCUGUAUCGAUUUGAACUUGUAAUUACUUUGCCAAGUUUGUGUAUUUUCACGUUUUGGUGGAUAUAUUAAGACCAGUUUGGGAUA